GUCACGUUUGGCCCGGCUCGGCCGCCGUGACAAGGUCUUUGCGCAUGUGCGGGGUGAAACGAGAAGAAGGUGAAGAUGGCGGCAGCCAGGGCGGGGGUCCUGGGAGUCCGAUGGCUGCAGAGGGCAUCCCGAAACAUAGUGCCGAUGGGUGCACGGACAGCCUCCCAUAUUACCAAGGACAUGCUCCCGGGACCCUAUCCCAGGACCCCAGAAGAACGGGCUGCCGCAGCCAAGAAGUAUAAUAUGCGGGUGGAAGACUACGAGCCAUACCCAGAUGAUGGCAUGGGGUAUGGUGACUAUCCAAAGCUCCCUGACCGCUCACAGCAGGAGAGGGAUCCGUGGUAUGACUGGGACCACCCAGAGCUGCGAUUGAACUGGGGUGAACCGAUGCACUGGGACCUAGACAUGUAUAUCAGGAACCGUGUGGACACGUCCCCCACUCCUGUUUCUUGGAAUCUCAUGUGUAAGCACCUCUUCGGCUUCGUGGCCUUCAUGCUGUUCAUGUUUUGGGUGGGGGAGACUUACCCCACCUACCAGCCUGUGGGACCAAAGCAGUAUCCUUACAAUAAUCUGUACCUGGAACGAGGUGGCGAUCCCAACAAAGAACCUGAGCCGGUGGUUCACUAUGAGAUCUGAGGAGGCUUCGUGGGCUUUGUGCCCCCUAACUGACUCCCUCAAUCCUAGAGAUUUUACCUUAAUGAAAUCGCUAAUAAAACUUAGUACUGUG